UAGCUGCUUCCUCCCUACUGCUCUGCUCCCCUGCAAAGCUUAUAAACGCCAUAAUUAUCGAUCAAGAAAAUAAACCAAACCAAAAAAAAAAAAGAAAAAAAAAAGAAACUAAUACUAUUAUUUAGAAGAAGAUGAGGAGGAUGGAAAUGUGAAGUAGCGGUGCCGUGCACUCUCCGGCGAGUAAAUGAUGUAGCUUAAAAGUGUUUUAAUUUGAAACACAAAGCGGGCAAGCAACAAAUAUUAUCAGAAAAAGUAGAAAGGCAUCAAACCAAAAGCCAAAGAAGAAAAGAAAUGUUGCAAAGAAGAAGUCAUUAGCUUAACCACUAUUCAAGAAAGUGGUUCUUUUUUUUUUCCUUCAAAGAAAAAGAGCAGGGAAUUAUUGUUUCGUGUGUGAUUGUACUAUUGUAAUUCCGACAUGGGGAGCAGAACAAAGACUCUGGUGUUGGUUUUUUGGUUGGUUACUGCAACGACGUCGUUUGCAGCCACCGUCACGUACGAUCACCGGGCGAUUGUCAUCGACGGGAAACGCCGUGUUUUGAUCUCUGGCUCCAUUCAUUAUCCACGCAGCACCCCUGACAUGUGGCCGGACCUUAUACAAAAAUCGAAGGACGGAGGCUUAGAUGUCAUUGAAACUUACGUUUUUUGGAAUUUACACGAACCAGUUAGAAACCAGUACAAUUUCGAAGGAAGAAACGAUUUGGUUAAAUUUAUAAAGUUAGUUGCAGAAGCUGGUCUCUAUGUUCAUCUACGCAUCGGUCCGUAUGCUUGCGCUGAAUGGAAUUAUGGUGGUUUUCCUCUUUGGUUACAUUUUAUACCUGGAAUCCAGCUACGAACUGAUAAUGAACCAUUUAAGGCGGAAAUGCAGCGGUUCACGGCUAAGAUUGUGGCAAUGAUGAAGCAAGAGAAUUUGUAUGCAUCACAAGGAGGACCCAUUAUUUUGUCACAGAUUGAAAAUGAGUAUGGGAAUAUUGAUUCAUCAUAUGGGGCAGCUGCAAAACGCUACAUCAAGUGGGCAGCUGGUAUGGCUGUUUCCUUGGAUACUGGAGUUCCCUGGGUUAUGUGCCAGCAAUCAGAUGCUCCUGAUCCCAUUAUCAACACCUGCAAUGGUUUCUAUUGCGACCAAUUCACCCCAAAUUCUAACAAGAAACCAAAAAUGUGGACUGAGAAUUGGACUGGAUGGUUUCUUUCAUUUGGUGGUGCUGUUCCCUACAGACCUGUAGAAGACAUCGCAUUUGCUGUUGCACGGUUUUUCCAAAGAGGUGGAACUUUCCAAAACUAUUAUAUGUAUCAUGGUGGAACGAACUUUGGCAGGACUAGUGGUGGACCCUUUAUUGCUACCAGUUAUGAUUAUGAUGCUCCAAUCGAUGAGUAUGGACAUGUUAGACAACCCAAGUGGGGUCACCUAAGAGAUGUUCAUAAGGCUAUAAAGCUUUGCGAAGAAGCAUUGAUUGCCACUGAUCCUACAAUUUCCUCUUUGGGUCCAAACUUGGAGUCUGCUGUAUAUAAAACAGGAUCAGGACUAUGUGCCGCUUUUCUAGCCAAUGUGGGCACCCAAUCUGAUGCGACGGUUAAUUUCGACGGCAGUUCAUACCAUUUGCCUGCAUGGUCGGUCAGCAUCUUACCAGACUGCAAGAAUGUAGUUCUGAAUACCGCAAAGAUUAACUCUAUGACUGUAAUUCCAAGCUUCAUGCAUGAACCUUUGAAUAUCAAUGCUGAUUCAACUGAGGCAAUUGGGACAAGCUGGAGUUGGGUAUAUGAACCUGUGGGUAUCUCAAAGGCUGAUGCAUUUAAAAAACUUGGAUUGUUAGAGCAAAUAAACACUACUGCUGAUAAAAGCGACUACUUAUGGUAUUCAUUUAGCACUGAUAUCGAAGGAGAUGAGCCUUUCCUUGAAGACGGAUCUCAAACUGUUCUUCAUGUGGAAUCACUGGGGCAUGCCCUUCAUGCUUUUAUAAACGGGAAACUUGCAGGGAGUGGAACUGGUAAUAGUGGCAAUGCUAAGGUUAAAGUGGAUAUUCCUGUCACUGUUGGACCUGGGAAGAACACAAUUGAUCUCCUGAGUUUGACUGUAGGACUGCAGAACUAUGGAGCCUUUUUUGACCUAGUGGGGGCAGGGAUCACUGGUCCAGUGAAGCUUAAUGGUUUAAAGAACGGUAGCAGCAUCGAUCUCUCCUCACAGCAGUGGAUGUAUCAGGUUGGACUUAAAGGGGAAGAUUUAGGUCUACCAAGUGGAAGUUCAUCACAAUGGAUCUCAAAAUCGACCUUGCCCAAGAAUCAACCCCUGAUUUGGUACAAGACAAAUUUUGAUGCCCCAGCUGGAAAUGACGCAAUUGCUUUAGACUUCACUGGGAUGGGGAAGGGUGAGGCAUGGGUGAAUGGACAGAGCAUUGGACGUUAUUGGCCAGCCUACGUCUCUCGAAGUGGUGGCUGUACUGACUCUUGUAACUAUAGAGGAUCUUAUAAUUCAAACAAAUGCCUCAAGAAUUGUGGGAAGCCAUCUCAGCAGUUGUACCAUGUACCCCGUUCAUGGUUGCAACCAAGUGGCAACAUUCUUGUUUUGUUUGAGGAACUUGGUGGGGAUCCGACACAGCUUGCUUUUGCAACCAGACAGAUGGGAAGUUUGUGCUCACAUGUAUCAGAAUCUCACCCAUUACCUGUAGAUAUGUGGAGUUCAGAUUCAAAAACAGGAAGGACUUCAAGCCCUAUCCUAUCCCUGGUUUGCCCAUCUCCAAAUCAGGUUAUUUCUUCAAUCAAAUUUGCAAGUUUUGGAACUCCUCGUGGGACUUGUGGUAGUUUUAGCCAUGGCAGGUGUAGCAGUGUUAGGGCACUCUCCAUCGUACAGAAGGCUUGCACUGGAUCGACAAGAUGUAGUAUUGGAGUAUCAACUAGUACAUUUGGUGACCCUUGCAAAGGAGUCAUGAAGAGCUUAGCUGUAGAAGUUUCCUGUACAUGAAGAAAUGUUAAUAAGCAUGCAUUACAUAGUACAUUUGGUGACCCUUGCAAAGGAGUCAUGAAGAGCUUAGCUGUAGAAGUUUCCUGUACAUGAAGAAAUGUUAAUAAGCAUGCAUUACAGGGUGCAAGCGAAGCAUUGUCCCCAAGUAAGUGAUUGAUCAAAUAAGAAUUUUGACAGCUUGUCAAAGUAAAAGGAUUCUUGCUACAAAAGGAAAAGGUUUCAUACAACAGAUAUAUUCUUGCUAGUACUAAGAAAAAUAAAUGUUAGUGUUGUGUCAACUCUAAUGAUAAUUGUGCGCAUCAGUGUAUCUUUGAACAGAGUAGAUGCCUUCUUGUGCAGGAAAGUGUAUAAUCCGGUUUCUAUCUUAUCCUUGCAGUAGUUACCCUGUUAUAUAUGUUUUCUAUGCCAGUAAGCUUUGAAAUGGGGACUGAGGUGAAGAUUGAUGAAAUAUUAGUGCACUGUGUCAUGUGACCCAAACAUAAAACCGAUGUGAUUAUGGAAUUAGAUAUUUCAUGAACUAAUGACAAUAAACCACACAUGCCUGAGAAGAAUUCAGCUGUUUUCUUCA